AUGCUGGGCUUGGUGACGCGGUUGACCUCUCCGCGCGGCGGGCGGGCCGUUGGAGAAGCGUCUCCGGCCCAACCGUCGCUGUGCCUCCCCCUCCCCUCCACACACACACACACGCACGCACGCGCGCGCGCGGUGACCACGAACAACCCGCUGACCGCACUCAUCCUCAUUAUAGCCCCACAUACAGACCUUUCACCUAAUCCCCGGUAACGUGUCCAAAGGUCCCAAGGCGCUUGCUUUACUUCACAGCAGUGUCAUCGAACUAAACUGAUCUCAACCCAACUUAACUCUCGGACAGUAGUUGUGCAGAAAAGGAACUGCAGCUGCUGGUUUACGCCGAAGGCAGACACAAAAUCCUGGAGUAACUCAGCGGGACUGGCAGCGUCUGUGGAGAGAAGGAAUAGGUGAAGUUUCAGGUCGAGACCCUUCUUCAAACAACUCCAGGACAGUUGGUGCGGAAGGAACUGCAGGUGCUGGUUUGCACCGAAGAUAGAUACAAAAUACUGGAGUAACUCAGCGGGUCAACUACAUGAUUAAAAAGGAAUGGAAGUUGGGCCGGAUGAGAAGCUUUCUCAGCUGGUGGAAGAUCUCACCACCUCAGGACAGCAAGUACUAAAUCCAGAUAAGAUGAGGGAACUGAAGAAAAUCUGCAAGUUAUCUGAGGAGUAUGUCAAGCACGCGUACCACUUAAUUAUGAGACAGCUAAAUCAAGAGCAUGCAGAGAUCCGCCUAUCCGCUUUCCAAAUAGCAAAUGAACUCUUUAUGCGUUCACAUCAGUUUCGGUUGCUGCUUAUUUCAAACUUUCAGGAAUUCUUGGAAUUGACGGUAGAAACAGAUUAUGAACAGCCUCUGCCUCCACCAAAAGAAGCAGCUCAAAAAUUAAAGGAAAUGGCAAUUAAAACUGUCCAGGAGUGGCAAGACAAAUAUGGAGAUGGUUACAAAAAACUCUCACUGGGUUAUCAUUUCCUGAAACAGAUUAAGAAGGUGGAUUUUCAAGAUAUUCGGGCUAGAACUCAAGCUGAGCGAAAACGUGAGGAAGAGAGAUCGAAAAGGCUGGAGAACAUUAAUAAAAUGAAAGUGAAGAGAGUGGAAGAGGAAAUGAAAGAGAUGUCAGAAGAAAUUGAAAACUCUCUGGCAGGAAUGGAGGCAUGCUUCAAAUUACUACUCCCCAGUCUCUCCGAGUUCACUUUUAGUGAUGAAGGCUCUCAGUGCAACCAAGACUCGCCUGAUAAAACAGCAAAUGGCAGCUCUACAACCAGCAGGCAGAGAGUUGACCACCAAUGGGCCAGCAAUCAUAUUGAUGAUGAGCAGCCUUGCAGCAGUAAAGACCUUUCCCCACAGCCUCUGGCGAACACAGCUCCUGAAGAGCAGCAAUUGGAUGAAGAGCUAGACAACUUCAGUCAAAAUGAAGACGAUGAAAGUGAAAAUUUUGAAGACAAUGAAGAAAUGAUCAGAAAUUAUGGGCUUCUUUCCCAUAAAUAUUCUCUUGACUUAGAAAUUAAUACGGAUUUAAAGAUCAACGAGGAUGAGGACAACACUGCUGUAAUUAACAAUGUGAAGGAUUUCCAAAGAUUGAUCACUAAUAAAUACCUGCCGACUGUGCAGUGCUGGAUCCAGACAUUCACCAAAGCAGGUAUUAGUGAUAACCGAUUGAGACGAGCCAUUGACUUAAAAAGUGCAAUAGAUGGCACAUUAGAAAAACAUGAUGAGAUGAACAUUCGUUCGAAGAAGAGAUACAGGAAAGUGAUGAAAGCAACUGAUGAGGAUGAUGACGACGACGACGAUGAUGAUUUUGUUGAAGUUCCUGAGAAGGAAGGUUAUGAGCCGCACAUUAAGGAGCACCUUCAAGAGGAGUAUGGACUGGAGCCACUGAUACCGAAGACCAAGGAAGCAGUGAAAAGAGUAACACCAUCUGCUGAACCCUUAGCAGCGCAGAGGAAUGACGAGGAACUUGACCCAACAUGUGCUGCAGCAACGUUAAAAAUCUGGAAAGAACAGCUGUCCUCGCAGAUGGACAGCCUACCUGGAACCUCGGACGACAACAUUUGGUCAUCCACACCAGCAGUGUCAGAACUGUCCAGUGAAGAUGCCAAGAAAAGAAAAAGUGAAGAGAUGAAAAAAGCACCUGUGAUGCCUUUCGGGUUGGACCUUCACUACUGGGGAGAAGAGCAGUCAACGACUGGCAAAAUUCUCAAAAUUGAUGUUCCGCAUCGAUUCUGGGGGCCUAAAGAAACGGAGGAUGAGUCUGAAAACAAGGAGGUGGCAGCCUUGCUGAAAACCAGAUACAUAACCUUUGCAGGGAAGUUUGAACCUGUAAAGCACAAAUGCCAAGCACCUAUGCCCAAUGGAAAACUUUGUGAACGCCAGGAUCGUUUCAAGUGCCCUUUCCAUGGAAAAAUUAUCUCAAGAGAUGCUCAAGGAAAUCCUGUGAAUCCAGAAGAUAUUCAAAGACAGGAGCAAGAAAAACAAAGAAAGCAAGAAGAAGAAACUGACUGGCGAGAUCCAGAAUUAAUGCGUGAGAUUGAAGCUGCCACAGGAGCAGAUCUUGGCUCUUCAAGAUAUGACCGAAAGGGAAAAGGGAAAAAGGGAAAAGGAAAAAAGAAAAAGUAUCCAAAUCUCACUGACCUGAAACAGGACAGUAACACAUCUCGAUCAAGGCUGGAGAAACGAGUGUUCAACAAAGCUUCAGUCAAACGAGUCUCCGAAGCAAUGGCCUUUAUCGACAAAAGAAAACAUGAAAAGUUUGCGAAUCAGUUCAACUAUGCAUUGCAUUAAGGCGGGCAAAGGGCGGAGAAAGGUCACUGUAUUGUGACCAUGCUAUGUUUCAGCUAUCAAGUCUUUUGCAACAGAAAUUUUUAGCUCCUAUCUGCUGUUUUCUAUAGAUCUCAAGAGAGAGUUUAUCUAUCUAGGGCUAGCGGAGUUAAGGGAUAUGGGGAGAAGGCAGGAACGGGGUACUGAUUGUGGAUGAUCAGCCAUGAUCACAUUGAAUGGCGGUGCUGGCUCGUAGGGCUAAAUGGCCUAUUCCUGCACCUAUUGUCUAUUGUCUAUUUCAGGAAUAAAAAUUUGAUCAGUGUACAUUAUUUAUUGUAAAGUAUUUAAUUAUGUAUUUUUUACACCAGGUGCUAAAUUUGUACAAAAUAUAAAUGUUUAAUGUAUGUUAUGGUAAUUGUAUGGUAAUGGAUGGUAAUUGUAAUUGAUGAUGUGAUGCACAGAACUAUGGGGGACUCUAUUCAUGUAGUUUUAUUGAGCAGUUUACAGAAGAAAGUGAACUGAUUAUUAAAUCUUCCCAGCAAUUUAAA